AUGUCUGCGCUAGACGCAGCUAGACGCGUCGAAAAGACGCCCCCCGAGACCAUUGAUGAUUCCGCACACGGCACAGAAAGCUCCGGCGAGACCGCGACCAAGCUCACAUUUCGUCGAUUCACGGCCUUUGCCUGCAUGGCAUGUUGCUUCACGAGCGCCCAGAUACCCAUACUCCUCCUCGGAGGCAUACAAGACAUCAUCUACGCAUCCGUCGGCGGCACAGACCAAGAGGACUGGUUCGACACGGCAUACCUCAUCGCCUUUGCCGCCGUGUGCCCGUUUGUCGGCGCGCUCUCGGAUCUCCUCGGUCGUCGAUACGUCGCCCUCCUCGGCUGCGCCCUGAUCAUCCUCGGCCAGGUACUCUGCGUCACUGCCCAUUCUGUAAACACCCUCAUUGGCGGCAUGGCGACAUGCGGUGUCGGCGCCAGCUUCAACGAGCUGAUCUCGAUCGCGGGCGCGGCCGAGUUGGCCCCGACUUUUAAGCGCGGCGCGUACAUUGCCGUCCUUGUGCUCGCCGUCUUGCCGUGGGUGCCGUCGGUUCUGUGGGCGCAGCUGAUUGCCGCCAAGUACGACUGGCGCUACGUCGGCGUCUUGGCCAUUGCCUACACUUCGGUGGGCCUGACGGCUACCUUCUUCGUUUACCACCCGCCUCCUCGCGUCAACUCGGCGUCUCUGUCGAAAAGGGAGGCCGUGGCCCGGAUCGACAUUAUAGGCGGCUUGGUGUGUACUGCGGGAAUUGUCCUGCUGAUUGCGGGCAUUCUUUGCGGCAGCUACCAGUAUCCGUGGUCCAGCGUUCACGUGCUGGCGCCGUUCCUGGGCGGAAUCUGUCUCAUCGCCUUCUUCGCGUUCUGGGAGACGAGCAUGGCCAAGUACCCCAUGAUCCCGAGAAAGCUUGGCAAAGCCCCUCGGACGCUGAUGCUGGUCAACCUGAUCUCGUUCGUGUCGGGGGCCAACUUCUUCUCCAUCAUGAUGCUCUGGCCCAGCCAGGCGUACAACAUGUACAGCCACGACCCGGUUUCCGUCGGGCUCCGCAGCCUCCCCUUUGGGUUCGGCGUCAUGGCCGGGUGCGCCAUCAUGCUGGCCGCCAUGACGGCCCUACGCGGACGCGGCAUGCGGAUCCUCCUCGUGGCCUCGUCGUGCGUCAUGACCGCGGGCUGCGGCGCCAUGGCCGCCGCGGACCGCGGCAACGAAAACGCCGUCUACGCCAUCCUCCUCGCGGCCGGACUGGGCGUAGGGGGCAUCCUCGUCCCCACCAGCGUAAUCACCACGAUCCUCUGCCCGGACGACGUCAUCGCCACGGCCGCCGCCCUGACGCUGUCCAUCCGCAUCGUGGGCGGGGCCAUCGGGUACUCGGUCUACUGCAACGUCCUGGCGCGGAAGCUCGCGCCCGAGCUCGCCGGGCAAAUCUCCGCGGCCAUGCUGGACGGGGGCAUCCGGGACCCCCAGGUCAUCCGUCAAGCGGUCGAUCUCGCCGCAGCGUCGCUGCCCCAGGAGAUCCUGCGGCUCCCCGGCGUGGAUGGAAACGUCACGCUGUGGGAGGCGAUCGUGUCGGCUGGUCAGGAGGCGUACGCGCUGGCGUACCCGUGGGCAUAUUACACCAGCAUUGCGUUUGGGGGGGUCUCUAUUCUGGCCAGCGCCUUUGUGCAGGAUAUUUGCGGGCUCAUGGACGAGCAUGUGGCCGUUGCGAUCUAA